UUUGCUUAUGGAUCUAUCAACCUGUUGAUGACUAUGCUAAAGCCAUAAACUAAUGUGAGAAAAAUAUCUCUUUCUCAUAAUUUCAGAUUCUACAUGAUCACUGUGGUAGUUUUUAUGUUUUCCUCUGAAAUCAUGCAAAACCAAAGCUUUGUGACUGAGUUCAUCCUUCUGGGGCUUUCACAGAAUCCAAAAGUUCAGAAAAUAGUAUUUGUUGUCUUUUUGUUAGGCUAUAUUACAACUGUUGGUGGAAAUUUACUAAUUGUUGUGACCAUCGUCAGCAACCCAGCACUCCUGGGCUCCCCAAUGUACUUCUUUCUGGCUUUUCUGUCCUUCUUGGAUGCAUGCUUCUCUUCAGUUAUCGCCCCAAAGAUGAUUGCAGACUCCCUCCAUGAGAGGAAAGCCAUCUCCUUUGAAGGCUGCAUGAUCCAACUCUUUGCUGAACACUUCUUUGCUGGAGUGGAGGUGAUUGUCCUCACUGCCAUGGCCUAUGACCGCUAUGUGGCUAUUUGCAAACCCUUGCAUUACCAUUCCAUCAUGAACUGGAGGCUCUGUGGUAUUUUGAUGGGGGUAGCAUGGACAGGGGGCUUCUUGCAUUCUAUGAUACAAAUUCUCUUUACUGUCCAGCUGCCCUUCUGUGGACCGAAUGUCAUUGAUCAUUUCAUGUGUGAUUUGUACCCAUUAUUGGAGCUUGCCUGUACUGACACUCAUGUCCUUGGCCUGUUGGUGGUUGCCAAUAGUGGGUUCAUCUGCAUCAUAAACUUCUCCUUGUUGCUUAUCUCUUAUUGUGUUAUCUUACUCUCACUGAGAUCUCAUAGCUCUGAAGGUCGUCGGAAAGCUCUCUCCACCUGUGGAUCUCAUAUUGCUGUCGUAGUUUUGUUCUUUGUUCCGUGCAUAUUUGUGUAUGCACGACCUCCAUCUGCUUUCUCCUUCGACAAGAUGGUGGCCAUAUUUUACACCAUCCUAACUCCUCUGCUCAAUCCUUUGAUUUACACUUUCAGGAAUAAGGAAGUAAAAAAUGCCAUGAGAAAAUUGUGGACCAGAUUGAUGAUGGUUUCUGAUGAAAAUUAA